GAAAGUAACACAUGUUUGCUGUCAAAUCAAUUUCAGUGUCUUAGGAAUUAUAUUAUUAAUUUGAAUCAAAAUGUCUAUGUUUCUAAGGAAUUUACGCACACAUUGCUUGAUAAAUAUACGACUUAGCUCAUCGACCAAAGCAACAACAACCAAAAGUAUUCCAAAGAAUUUACUCGAGGAUAAACAUACUGCAACUCAACAAUCAGAAAAUGGAGCAAUUUAUGAUAAAAAACCAUUUAAACUUCACUUAGAAGAGAAUAAAACUUACAGUUGGUGUUUAUGUGGGAAAUCGAAAAGCCAACCUAUUUGUGAUGGUACUCAUAAAAACGAGUUUCUCAAAAUCAAAUUAAGGCCAAUUCGUUUUAAAGUGGAAAAAACUGGAGACUAUUGGCUUUGUAAUUGUAAACAAACCAAACAUCGCCCAUUCUGCGAUGGUACCCAUAAGGAUCCAGAAAUACAAGCUGCUGUUAGAUCUUAAAAAUAGAUACAUUAUCAAUUUUUAGUAGAUGUGAAAGUGUACUACUCAAAUGUGAAUUAUGCUAAUAAAUUUCCGCAAUUACGUGAAAGAUUGCAAAAAUAA